UUUUACAAAUAUGUCACGUUAUUUUUGCAUUUUUUGUCUCACUCCCACCCACAAAGGUGGAUAGACUGAUAGAGACUCACACUUGAUCUUUAUAUGUGUAGAAAAGACAUAAAUACCCUCCUAUUGAGUCUUGAGUGUUUCAUAUUUGUUCUAAUCUUAUUUCUUCUACCCUCUAAAAACACACAGAUGAAUGGGUGUCAAACACAUGUUGAUGACACUGAAAAUCUAAAGACACAUCGAAGCAUAUUGGUUGGAAAUAUACAUGUGCUUUUUAACCCAAGUCGUGGGGAUAUUAAGCUCGGUCAGGUACGAUUAUUUCUUGCAAAGGCUCAUAGACUUUUGGAGACAUGGGGCAAUAUACCAAUUAUACUUGGUGGAGAUUUUAAUAGUAUGCCUCAGAGUGCAAUGUAUCAGUUCAUAGCUUCAUCAGAGUUAAACAUCCAACACCAUGAACGCAAAAAAAUAUGUGGGCAGAAUUGUCCAUUACAUUACCCAACAUUUCAGUGUCAUAGUAAUUAUUAUUCUUCUAGGUCUGUUAAUCCAAUUAUUUUUUCACCUCUUAUCUGUGCAAAAGACGUAAAUGCCCUCCCCUCCCCCUCAUCGAAAAUUGCCUUGGAAAGCUUCUUCACUGUCCAGCUAUUUUUUCACCUCUUAUCUGGUUUAUAGAUGAAGAAGAUGUAACUGAGUUGAUUAAAGUGCCAUGUGUUCUGCAUAUGGAUCCUAUCAGAGAUAGUCAUACUGGUUUGAAAGGUCUUAUGCAAAGGUAACAUUUUUUUUAUUAUAUAAACAUUUUAUUUUAUUUUUAAAUUAUAAA